CUGCCUUUGAGUGUAUAUGUAUUAAUAUUCGAAUUUUUAGGACUUUUGGAUUCAUUAAAUCAGAAGAUACGCAGUAUAACUUACAGCCUAUUAAAAAAAAUAGAGAGGAGCCAGCUGAAAUUAAGGGAAAAGAAGGUAAUAAAAAAUCUAAAGUUAAGAAGGGGAGAUAUGCAAACAAGAAAAUAAAGAAAGAGAAAAAAACUACAACCGAUUCGAAUAAAGAAGUGGACGUAACUUAUAUUAAACUAGAUGAUGGAUUCCAGUGUACCAUUUGUCCAAAACAAUUCACCUUUAAAUCGAUAUAUUUCCACAGUCGCAUUCAUCAAGUGGCGCUAAAAGAAGCACAAUUCAAAUCGAAUCUAGACAAAGGCACCUUCGUAUGUAACUUUUGUGACGUGGAAUGUCUUAAUCAGAAACAAAUAUCCGAUCAUGUCGAGUCACACGAAGAAAAAUGCCUAGAGUGCAACCAAGCGUAUCCAAAUGCUUUGAUACUAGGUAUGCACAUGGCCGAGCAUAGCGAUCAGGAAACUUUGUGUUGUGCUUAUUGCGACUAUAAAUCGAAAACUGUACAUUAUUUGAAGAAUCAUUUGUUUAACGUUCAUUAUAAGUUAAAAUCAUUUAUUUGCGACACUUGUGGAGCCACUUAUAGUGCCAGGGUGAAUUUGAUCGAUCACAUCAGAUACCAUCACGAAAAGAACGACGCUCACGCUUGUAUAGUGUGCGGAAGGAAGUUCAUCUUUAAUACCAGUCUUCGAAAGCACCAAAUUCACAAUCACAGGCCACUAAUAGACGGCCAAAUACCGUCAAACUAUUGUAUUUUGUGUAAAAGAGUGUUUGUUAAAGUGGAGGGUCUGGAAAAACACAUAGUCGAAAUGCACACGAACGUAAAACCGAAAAAAACCGAAAGGUUUAUUUGUGAUAUUUGUGGCAAAGACUUCUCUCACAGACAGUCGUUACGUCUACACUCCAAGGGUCAUACCAACCUUAAGCCCUUUAAAUGCGACGUGUGUUCGAUGGCUUUUAAAGUUAGAGCGUUUUUGACGGUUCACCAGAAGAUUCAUAGCGAUGACAGGCCGUUUUCCUGCGAGAAAUGCGGUUUGAAAUUUAAGAGAAAGGAGGGCUUGAGAAGGCAUUUACUUACCCAUACCGAUAUUAAACCGUUUGAGUGUCCUAAUUGUAUGAAAAAGUUCCGAAGAAGAGAACAUCUGAAUUUGCACUUGAGAAGUUGUAAUAAAAUUCUUACUUUGUACGAUUGAUGAAAAUAUAUAGUAUUACUAAUAUUAAUAUUAUUGUAUAGUCUGUGAAACGAAUAACUUUGAAUUUGACAGUU